GAGUGACAACUAUGUCAGCCAAUCAGCGUGCGCGAAGCAACGCCAGGCUCUGCCCUACAGUGGGUGACGCGCCGGGUCCUGGAGCCGAGCACAUAACGAGGCUGCCGGGCGGGGAGAGAGGAGUGGGGCCCGGGAUGUCGGUAAACAUGGAAGAACUAAGGCACCAGGUCAUGAUUAACCAGUUCGUGCUGGCUGCAGGGUGUGCGGCAGAUCAGGCCAAGCAGCUGCUGCAGGCGGCACACUGGCAGUUUGAGACUGCUCUCAGCACUUUUUUCCAAGAAUCCAAUGUACCCAGCGCUCAGCAUCAUCCGCACAUGAUGUGUACACCAAGUAACACGCCAGCCACUCCUCCCAACUUCCCGGAUGCUUUAGCCAUGUUUUCUAAACUUCGAACCUCAGAGAGCUUGCAAAACAGCAGUAGUCCCGCAGCCUCCAACGCCUGUUCUCCUCCUGGCAGUUUCAACCCGUAUUGGGCUUCAUCACCACCCAGCCAACAGCCUGUCUGGCUGCCCCCAGCCUCUCCAACCACACACCUCCAUCAUCACCACCACCAUCCACAACCAGCCUGGCCUCCAACCUCCCAGCCUACAGGGGGUCCCCAGAAAGCCAUGACUGCCAUGGACGGGCAGAGAUAAGACUGGGCUUGAGUGCACUGAAGAGUGGAGGAGGCGGAGGGGCUCCUUUUGUCUCUGCCUCCUCCUCUUGAAUUUGUUGAACUGACUUUUAUUUUUUAUUUUUUUUUCUUCCUCGGUCUUUUGUUUUGUUUUAUAAAUGAGGUUCUGAAUUUUUUUUUCUUUUGAAGACCAGAGAAAGUGGAUGGAGGGGUAAAAAAAACCAGGUCCACCCCUUCCUCCCCAUUUCUCUUUUUAAUAUAUAAUUAUAAUAUAUAAAGAUUUGAAUUUAUGUGAAAUGUUGGAGGAGGGGGGUGGAGAAUGUUUAUACAGGCACGCUGAACGUGAACCCUAAUCUGAAUCUAGAAGGAGCACCUUCAACAAUUGCGUCAAAUGGAAAGAAGCUUUAAAUUGUUGUCCCUCCUGCCCAUGACUCUUCCCCAGUCUGUGAUAGAACAGGAGGUGUGAACCUACUUGUUUGACAUUGUUACGAACUGCAUUGUGUCCACCUACUCAAAGCAUCACAUUCAGUGGAGGGCGAGAAAUCGGCAGGAUCACGGCGACUGCACUGCUGAGCCGAAGGGCAGUAUUAAGGAACCUACACAGAAGGCAAGAACUGUAGCAUAAAUGAUGGCGUUGGGGAUUAGUGAAAGGCUUUUUCAGACGGACCAGCUUUAGUGAUGCAGCAUCUGUGGAGCGGGGCAUCACCGUAUCAACUUCAUGAAAAAUGACACGAGUUAAUAAAUUGCGUAAAUUUAAACUUUGUCACUUUAUUGCAACACCUCAAUGUGACACAAUGACUUGGCCUUUACAGGCGUAUGGUCCGGAAGAAGAUGUAAUGGUGGCGUCUAGUGGGGAAAAUCAAAUCAUUGCUUGGUCUUUGUGGUGUUUUUCACCUUGGGAUCAAUUAAUCUCUGUUCUGGAAACCAUGCCUGGAUAUUCCGUAUGGAAGAAUAUCAUAAACUUGAGCUGUCACUUUUUUUAUUUUUUUUUUAUUUUUUUUAAUGCUGCUUGAAGGGACAACAGCUAAAGGAUUAUUAAGACUCGUUUCUCUACUCUAAUUUUGCUUCCAUGCCCAACUUGGAACGUAAAAGCUUCUCCCAGAGCAAUAAGAGCGCACCAGAAGAUGUCUCGAAUGCUUGACACACUGUCAUCCAUCUUAUAUCAUUAUACCCAGGUCAAUUAACUUUUCGUUAACCCCGACGCCAGACCAUACAGUAGAUAUUGUGUGUGUGCGCUCUGUAAUUUUUCUAAAUGUUUUCAUUAGGUAAAAUAUUAGUUUUGUCAUCUUCUCCUGGUGUCAAAUCUAAAAUGUGUAAUAUGCAAUGCAGAGCUAUAAAAACCACGAUUGAGACUGGCAAACAGCAUUCCAUUACCAGAAGGGAUUGAAGAUACAAUAGGAAGUCUAAAGAUUCCUAGGGCCCAUUCACAUGGUGGAAUGCAACAGAAAAAUUCUGCACAGAAAUUCCAAUGACGUUGACUCCCAUUGUUUUCAAUUGGAUUCUGCUGCACUGCGCACGCGGCAGAAUUUGUGGCGAAAAAAAUCUGCUGUGGAAAUUUUAAAUUAAGUGAUUGAGUCAGCGCCUGCCGCACACAGAAUGUGCUGCCAUCUGAAUGGGCCCUUACACAUGGAAGACAUGGCUUGUGCAUACGGCCUGUACAGUCCCUUAGUAUAAAGCCAUACAGGUGGCAUUAGGGAUAUUCUUCCCCAGAUGCUUACAAAGGGUAAUAGAUCCAUAUAUAUUAUCUUUAAUAGAAUGACACAUCAGUACAUAUGAAAUCCAAUACAGUAGAGGCCCCAUGGACCUAUAUGGCAGCCCUGUUGUUGCCCUCUACAGAACUGAAUAAGUUAGCCAUGUUUUGGGAAUUGUUAAUUUUUUUUAUAGCUCUUCCUUCUGCCGUUUUAGAUAUGAAUAGACAAUUGGGUGUAACCAUUCACCCUCACUAUAAGGGUGUCUCCCUACAAAGCUUAUUGGUCAGUGUGAAAGUGCGCUAGGACAUGUCCCCAACUAUUAACACCCACUGUCCAUUUAUUUCUAGUAGGAAUAACACCAUAAUGGCAAAACAGAGCUAUACGAAAAUAAAGCGGCAGAAUAGUGCAUGGGGAACACAAUUACUUCCUAACACAGGUCCGGGGAGAUGCUGCAAGUUUAAUCAAUUUGUAAAUCACUUUAUUCGCAUGGGUAAUGGCUAUCCUUCAAGUCAACUGGUUACAUUCUCACAAAUAUCCAGUGUGUAAAAUGUUUAAUAUUAAAUGUCCUCCUUUGUGGACAUAUUGGUUUAAAGGAGUACUCCGGUGAAAUGUUUUCUCUUUCCAUUAUGCCCAGGCUGCAAAAAGAGAAAUAACAAACUUAAACUCUCCCGUUCUCCAGACCGAGACGUCUUCUGUAUUCUGGGUCCUAACACGUCAGACUGUGCGAAACUUAUCGUCGGCCACAACGAUGUCCCAUCUCAGCUGGUGAUAAACUGAACGGCAGUGCCAUGUAACUAGUCUGAGCCCAGCCUUCUUCCUGGCAUCGGGGGAACAGCUGAAAGGGAGUUAAAGGGGUACUCCGGUGGAAAACAUUUUUUUUUAUUUUAUUUUUUUAAAAUCAACUGGUGCCAGAAAGUUACAGAUUUGUAAAUUACUUCUAUUAAAAAAAAAAAAAAAAUUACCCUUCUAGUACUUUUAAGCAGCUGUAUGCUACAGAGGAAAUUCUUUUCUUUUUUAAUUUCUUUUUUUCUUGUCCACAGUGCUCUCU